AUGUUCUCAAUAGCUACUCGGUUUUGCAACAGAGCAGACCUGAUGCAAAGGUCCCAGCUGCACCUGCUCAGUCCCACAUUCCCUGCAACACUUCAGUUAGGAAGUAAGAUCUCAGCUGAGCAGACUAAAGGAGAGACAGUAUUUAUUGGGCAACCAGAGGUUGUGAAGGUCAGACUUCAAGCACAGACCCAUCCACAUGGUGUCAAACCUCACUACAUGGGGACUUAUGCUGACAGAAUUAGAGCAACAACUGAAGGCUUGACAGAUCUUUGGAAAGGGUCUACUCCCAAUCUGAUGAGAAAUGUCAUCAUGAAUUGUGCAGAGCUAGAGUAUGACCUAAUGAAGGAGGCACCUCUAAACAAGACUUACCAGCUAGUUUAUGUAACAGGCAGAUGAUGUACCUGCCACUUUGUAUCAGCUCUUAUCACCUGAUUUUGCACAAACAAUGUUUUUGUCCCUCUGGUGGAUAUGGUGAAAAGCAGAUUUGUUAAUUCUCUACCAGGACAAUGCACAAGUGUGCCCACCUGUGCAAUGACAGUGCUCACUAAGGAAGGACCAUUGGCUUUUUUCAAAAGAAGCUUACAUGCAUUUUUGCAGAUUUGUCCCUUCUUGCACCUUGGGUCUCCAGACGUCAUUAUAUUUGUGUGCUCUGAACAAGGAAAAUGAAAAUUGACGAACUCAAGGCUGUGUCAUAUAAUCAUCUUCAGGAAAAGAAUGAAACAUACCAGUGGGAGUCUUUGCCGACUGGUUUAUUUUGCUGUUCAUCAAACUCACUGA